AUGCCGACGCGGCCCUCCUCCACCCCCGCUUCCCGAUUCCUCCAGCUAUUGCUGGUCGUCGUGAUCGCCUGCGCCGUUCCGGGGGUGAGAUGCUCCGACCGGCGGUUCCCGCACCUCGACCGCGUCCGCGAGCUCCACCGCCGGGAGGGCUCGUCAUCGGCCGAGCAGGAGGCCGCCGCGCGGGGGCUUCUCGCGCGCCUCCUACCGUCACACUCCACCAGCUUCGAGUUCAGGGUCAUCUCCACGGAGCAAUGUGGUGGGAAGGCAUGCUUCGUCAUCAACAACCACCCAUUGUUUGAUGGAGAAGGGACUCCGGAAAUAUUGAUACUUGGAGUAAGUGGGGUCGAAAUUUCUGCUGGCUUUCAUUGGUACUUGAAACACUAUUGUGCAGCACAUAUAUCGUGGUAUAAAACCGGUGGUGCACAACUAUCAUCCAUUCCGCAUCCUGGGUCACUACCUCGUGUUCCUGAUGGUGGUGUAUUGAUUCAAAGACCCAUUGACUGGAGCUACUACCAGAAUGCAGUUACAUCCAGCUAUUCUUUUGCUUGGUGGGAUUGGGACCGUUGGGAGAAGGAAAUUGACUGGAUGGCUCUUCAAGGAAUCAAUUUGCCUCUUGCUUUCACUGGGCAAGAGUCUAUAUGGCAGAGGGUUUUUCAGAGGUACAACAUUAGCAAAUCAGAUCUGGAUGAUUUCUUUGGUGGGCCAGCCUUUCUUGCAUGGUCUCGAAUGGCUAAUAUGCAUGGAUGGGGUGGACCUCUCCCUCAGACUUGGCUCGAUGACCAACUAGCUCUUCAAAAGAAAAUCCUAUCUAGGAUGUACGCUUUUGGCAUGUUCCCAGUUCUUCCAGCCUUUUCUGGCAACAUCCCAGCUGCAUUGAAGUCAAAAUUCCCUUCAGCUAAAGUCACUCACCUUGGAAACUGGUUUACAGUUGACAGCAAUCCAAGGUGGUGCUGCACAUAUCUUCUUGAUGCAUCUGAUCCUUUAUUCGUAGAAAUUGGGAAGUUGUUUAUAGAAGAACAAAUCAGAGAAUAUGGUAGGACAAGUCACAUCUACAACUGUGAUACUUUUGAUGAGAACACUCCUCCACUAAGUGACCGAAUUAUAUAUCUUUGUUGGGUGCUGCAACGUUCAGGGGGUUGGUUGUUUACCUAUGAUCCUUUCUGGGAACCUCCACAAAUGAAGGCACUACUGCAUUCUGUUCCUGUUGGCAAAAUGAUUGUUCUUGAUCUUUAUGCUGAAGUUAAACCAGUGUGGAUAAAUUCUGAUCAGUUCUAUGGUGUUCCCUACAUCUGGAAAGUUGGAGUUGGUAUGUCUAUGGAAGGUAUUGAGCAAAAUCCUAUUGUUUAUGACCUUAUGUCAGAAAUGGCCUUCCAUCACAGACAAGUUGAUCUUCAGGUUUGGGUCGAGACAUAUCCAACAAGAAGAUAUGGAAAACCAGUGAAGGGACUGCAAGAUGCUUGGUGGAUUUUGUAUCAAACUUUAUAUAACUGCACAGAUGGUAAAAAUGACAAAAAUCGGGACGUGAUAGUGGCCUUCCCAGAUGUUGAACCUUUUGUUAUUGAGACACCAGGGUUGUAUGUGGAUACUAGACAAAUGUAUUCUACAAUGCCAUCGAAGAAUUACAUAGGGAAGGACGCCUCUAGUGAUGCAUAUGAUCAUCCUCAUCUAUGGUACGACACUAAUGCCGUUAUCCAUGCCCUGGAACUUUUUCUUCAACAUGGAGAUGAAGUAUCUGACAGCAACACCUUCAGGUAUGACCUUGUGGAUUUGACUCGUCAAGUUCUGGCUAAAUAUGCCAAUGACGUUUUUCUAAAGAUCAUCGAGAGCUACAAAUCAAACAACAUGAAUCAAGUCACCAUCCUGUGCCAGCACUUUCUCAACCUUGUAAAUGACCUUGACACACUACUAUCCUCUCAUGAGGGUUUUCUGCUUGGGCCUUGGUUGGAAAGUGCCAAGGGACUUGCACGAAACAGUGAGCAAGAAAUACAGUAUGAAUGGAAUGCUAGAACACAAAUUACAAUGUGGUUUGACAACACGGAAACAAAAGCAAGUUUAUUGCGUGACUAUGCAAACAAGUACUGGAGCGGCCUGCUGCGAGAUUACUAUGGGCCAAGGGCCGCCAUCUACUUCAAGCACUUGUUAUUAAGCAUGGAGAAGAAUGCACCUUUCGCGCUUAAGGAAUGGAGGAGGGAAUGGAUCAGCCUCACCAACAACUGGCAGAGCGAUAGGAAGGUGUUUUCAGCCACAGCUAUAGGAGACUCUCUGAACAUAUCACGAUCGCUUUACAUAAAGUACUUGAGCAAGGCUGAUCCACUUGAGCUAGAAGCUGCCGCCUGUCGAAUAAGUGCAGCUGAUCACACGACCUCGAUCAUCUAA